UUAUUCAUUCUCUCCUAGUGUUUGUUCUUCGCAUCAAAUUUCACCCCAACCCCAAAACCCACUCACAGUCGUCCUCCAUAGCAGUUACUUUUCCUCUCUAAUCCUUCUAUUCUUCAACCAUAAUCGUUAAACUGACGUCACUGUUACCCCAAUUCACAAUUCAAUGGACGUUGAAGAUCGGAUGAAAACGCAUUACACCACAAGCUCUACACCCUCUGGAAAAUUUACGGGACAGCUAAUCAAGAAUGAAGAAAGUGCAUCUCCAAGCCCACUGUACAGUGCGUACGCAUACGAUGCAAACAAGUCAAAGAGAACAAUUGACUAUUCUAACCCGUUUGCUAUUAGAGAUCGGAUGCAAGAGCUUGAUUCACCUAAAUACGGGUCUGUUACAAAAGACAUAGAAGAUCUAAUUUUGCUAAGAAAACAGAUGUUGAUGCCUUCUUUUAGAAGGUUUCCCUCACUAGGAGCUGAUUUAAUGGAGACAAAUCAUGUGAAAAAUGAGGUUCCCGUCACAAAUCCUGUGCGGGAUAUUGUUAUGCAUGAUGCUGGCAAUGUUCAUGACACAAAUGCACCAGGUGCUGUUGUUAAUAUCGACUCGGAUGAUGACGAACCCACAAUCGGGAGGCCUUUUCAACCAUAUCGAGACGUGGUCUUGAAUAAGCCUGAAGGGCAGUUUUCAAUGAAACAAUUUUUGGAGGGAGAUUAUUCGCAAGGUCAAUCUUCAAGCGGGAAAGGAGGCGGAGGAAUAGGCGGAGGUGGCGGUGGCGGUGGCGGUGGCGGUGGCGGUGGCGGUGGAAGUGGCGGUGGCGGUGGAAGUGGCGGUGGACGAGGGAGAGGGAGGGGAAAAGGGAAAGGGAAAGGAAGAGAAAAAGAAGGAGAACAAACAAAUAUCGUUGUCGGGUCAACAGUUACAGAAGACAAGAAUGUCGAUGAAGAUGCAGAGGUUGAAAGGAAGCACGAUAAAGGUGAAUAUGUCGGUGGCGAUUCUGAUUCAGAUAUGGAAGAAAAUGAUCCACUUGCUGAUGGUUUAGCUGAUAUUUGGCAAGAAAUGAACUUUGGAUUAGAGUCCUCAAAGGAUGCUGAUAUGGACCAUUCAGCCACCGAACAUGCAAAGGUAGAUGAAGAAUGUGACCAUUCAUAUAUAUUAAAAGACGAUAUCGGUUACGUGUGCCGUGUCUGUGGGGUAGUUGAACGGAGUAUCGAAUCCAUUAUCGAGUAUCAGCGCCCCAAGAGCUCGAAGAGUACGAGGACUUAUUAUAACGAAGGCCGGUCUGAUAAAUCAGGAGAGUCGUCUGGUGCAGUUCUCGAUGGAGUGAAAGCACCGGGAAAAGAUUUCUCGGUGGUAGAAGUAUCAGCUCAUCCGAGGCAUAAAAAGCAAAUGAAGCCGCAUCAAAUCGAAGGCUUUAAUUUUCUUUUAAGUAACUUAGUUACCGACAAUCCAGGUGGCUGCAUCCUGGCCCACGCUCCGGGAUCUGGGAAAACGUUCAUGCUCAUCAGUUUUAUCCAAAGUUUUAUGGCUAAAUAUCCAGAUGCAAGACCGUUAGUGGUUCUACCAAGAGGUAUUCUAGCCACGUGGAAGAAAGAGUUUAAAAGGUGGCAAGUUGAAGACAUACCCCUCUUUGACUGUUAUUCCCAAAAGGCCGAUAACCGGGCUCAGCAACUUGAAGUGCUUAAACAAUGGGCCAACACGAGGUCCAUACUGUUUCUCGGCUAUAAACAGUUCUCCACAAUAGUGUGUGACAAUGACAGAAGCGCGGUUUCCGCCACCUGUCAAGAAAUACUGUUGACAUUCCCAUCACUUGUGAUAUUAGACGAGGGCCACACUCCAAGAAACAAGGACACUGAUGUUUUUACGUCUGUUGAAAAGGUUCAAACUCCAAGAAAAGUGGUUCUUUCCGGAACACUCUACCAAAAUCACGUGACUGAGGUCUUCAAUAUCUUGAACCUUGUUCGACCAAGGUUCUUGAAAAUGGAGGAUUCUAGAACAAUAAAAAGGCGUAUUUUGAGUAGAGUAUCAAUGGAAACCCGAAGAAAGCUUUCAAAGAAGGGCACUGACGUCGAGUUUUGCGAGCUGGUUGAACAUACGUUACUCAAGGAUGAGAAUUUUAAAAGAAAGGUUACGGUUAUCGAAGAUUUACGGGAGAUGACGAAAAAGGUUCUUCACUACUACAAAGGGGAUUUCUUGGAUGAGCUUCCGGGCCAUGUGGAUUUUUCCGUGUUUUUAAACCUUACCCCGAAGCAAAGACGGGAAGUUAAAGAUUUGAAAAAAAUGUCGAGAAAAUUCAAAGUUAGUGCGGACGGUAGUGCCCUUUACGUCCACCCGGAACUCAAGUCUCUUGUAAAUUCCGCAACUAACGACAAAAACGACGACAACAUACACAAAAAAAUUGAUGCACUUUUGGAGAACUUGGAUGAGAGAGAAGGUGUGAAGGCUAAGUUUUUUCUCAAUCUACUUCGCCUUUGUGAAUCCAGUGGCGAAAAACUUCUCGUUUUCGGUAAUUAUCUACUCCCGUUAAAUUUCUUGCUACAGUUGACCAUGAAAGUCAAAGGGUGGAGACUUAACAAGGAAAUAUUCAUGAUAACUGGAGAUCAUGACAAUGAUGAGCGCGAGGUGGCAAUGGAUGCAUUCAACAACACAUAUGAAGCCAAAGUGUUUUUCGGGUCAAUAAAGGCGUGUGGGGAGGGUAUUUCAUUGGUUGGGGCUUCUAGAAUCAUUAUCUUGGAUGUGCAUUUGAAUCCGUCUGUGACCCGUCAAGCGAUAGGUCGGGCUUUUCGACCAGGGCAGGUGAGGAAGGUGUAUACUUAUCGAUUAAUUGCUGCGGGUUCUCCUGAAGAGAAAGAUCAUACCACAUGUUUCCGAAAGGAGUCCAUUGCGAAAAUGUGGUUUGAGUGGAAUGAGUACUGUGGUCGUAACGAAUUUGAAAUGGAGACGAUUGAUGUCAAAGAUUGUGGUGAUGAGUUUCUGGAAACUCCUUGGUUGAAUGAAGAUGUAACUGCAUUGUCUAGAAGAUCAUGAAUGCUGAGGUGGCAACCCCUGUUGAUAUUUCUCUCCUCUAGGAAUGUUUUUUGCUGCUGUGGUCGGGUCGGGUAGAAAUCUAGUUUUAAUUAAUAUUUUGUAGGUAAAUUAAGAUGUCAUACUUUACUGGAAGUUGAUUUCUUUUUUAGGGUUCACAUGUUUGGUCUCCUGCUAAUUCUGAAAUUACAAUGCCCAUAUUUGCUGUCAUCUUUCAAAUGAAAUCAUUAUUUAGGCUGGGCUACAUCUAAUAUGAUUCA